CCCUCCCCGUUGGUUUCCGCGCGAAAAGCCAGGGCUGCCUCUGCCGCUUCGGUCUCUGCUGCAGUUUCCAAGAUGCCUGCGCGCACCGCCCCGGCCCGGGUGCCCACGCUGGCUUCCCGGGCCAUCUCACUGCCCGAUGAUGUCCGUAGGCGGCUCAAAGAUUUGGAAAGAGAUAGCCUUACAGAAAAGGAAUGUGUGAAGGAGAAAUUGAAUCUCUUGCAUGAAUUUCUGCAAACAGAAAUAAAGAAUCAGUUAUGUGACUUGGAAACCAAAUUGCAUAAAGAAGAAUUAUCAGAGGAGGGCUACCUGGCUAAAGUCAAAUCCCUUUUAAAUAAAGAUUUAUCCUUGGAGAACGGAGCUCAUGCGCUCGGUCGGGAAGUGAAUGGAUGUCUAGAAAACGGGAGCCAGACAAGCGGUGAGGACCGAAGAGUGGGAAUGGCAGAGGAAAACAAACCCCCCAAAUCCAUUUCCAAACUUUACACGCCCAGAAGAAGCAAAUCUGACGGAGAGACAAAGUCUGAAGUUUCAUCUAGCCCCAGGAUUACAAGGCAGACCACCAGGCAGACCACCAUCCUAUCUCACUUCUCAAGGGGGCCUUCCAAACGGAAACCUGAGGAAGAACGUGAGAAGGUGAAAUCGGAUGACCAUGUUGAGGAAGAUAAUGACCAGGAGGAAAAGAGGCGGAGAGUUACAUCCAGAGAACAAGUUGCUAGACCGCUCCCUGCAGAAGAACCGGAGAGAGUAGGACCUGGAACACACAUGGAAGAAGAGGAGGAAAGAGAUGAAAAAGGAGAAAAGAGGCUCAGAAGUCAAACCAAAGAACCGACACCUAAACUGAGGUCCCAGGAGGAGCUGGACAGAGAAGGAAGAACGGAAGCGCAGGCCGAAACGGAUGAAGGAGACGAAAGGGAGGAAAGGAGACCCAGAAGUCAACCCAAAGACCUCGCUGCCAAGCGGAGACCUGAAGAAAAAGAGGAGAGAGUAAAACCACAGGUUUCUGAAGAAAAAGAUGAGGACGAAAAGGAAGAGAAGAGACGCAAAACUACAUCCAAAGAACCAAUGGAGAAAAAAAUGGCUCGAACCAAAACCAUGCUGUCGUCCAAGCCCAGUCCACUGCGGUGCACUCAGUGCGGGCAGUACCUGGACGACGCCGAGCUGAAGUACGAGCAGCAUCCGCCUGACGCGGUGGAUGAGCCACAGCUGCUGACGAAUGAGCGCCUCUCCAUCUUCGAUGCCAACGAGUCUGGCUUCGAGAGCUAUGAGGCCCUUCCCCAACACAAACUGACCUGCUUCAGCGUGUACUGUAAGCGUGGUCACCUGUGCCCGAUCGACACUGGUCUCAUUGAGAAGAACGUUGAGCUCUUCUUUUCCGGUUCAGCAAAGCCAAUAUACGAUGACGACCCGUCUCUUGAAGGUGGUGUCAAUGGCAAAAAUCUUGGCCCCAUUAAUGAGUGGUGGAUCACCGGCUUUGAUGGAGGCGAAAAGGCGCUCAUUGGCUUCAGCACCUCUUUUGCCGAAUACAUUCUGAUGGACCCCAACCCAGAGUAUGCGCCGCUGUUCAGCGUAAUGCAGGAGAAGAUCUACAUCAGUAAGAUCGUGGUGGAGUUCCUGCAGAGCAACCCAGACUCCACCUACGAAGACCUGAUCAACAAGAUCGAGACCACUGUUCCUCCUUCCGUGCUCAACCUGAAUCGAUUCACAGAGGACUCUCUCCUUCGGCACGCCCAGUUUGUGGUAGAACAAGUAGAGAGCUAUGAUGAGGCUGGGGACAGUGACGAGCAGCCCAUCUUUCUGACCCCCUGCAUGAGGGACCUGAUCAAGCUGGCUGGGGUCACCCUAGGAAAAAGGCGCCUUGAGAGACGUCGGACCAUCGGGCAUUCUGCCAAAGAGAAGGACAAAGGCCCCACUAAAGCCACCACCACCAAGCUGGUCUACCAGAUCUUCGACACGUUCUUCGCAGAGCAAAUCGAAAAGGAUGACAAAGAAGACAAGGAGAACGCCUUCAAACGCCGGCGGUGCGGCGUCUGCGAGGUUUGUCAGCAGCCCGAAUGUGGAAAGUGUAAGGCGUGUAAAGAUAUGGUUAAGUUUGGUGGCAGCGGACGGAGCAAACAGGCUUGCCAAGAGAGGAGGUGCCCCAAUAUGGCCAUGAAGGAGGCCGAUGACGAUGAAGAAGUUGAUGACAAUAUUCCAGAGGUGCCGUCCCCCAAGAAAAUGCAUCAAGGGAAGAAAAAGAAACAGAACAAGAACCGGAUCUCUUGGGUUGGAGACGCCGUCAAGAUUGAUGGGAAGAAGAGUUACUAUAAGCAGGUUUGCAUCGACUCUGAAACCCUGGAAGUGGGGGACUGCGUCUCUGUUAUUCCGGAUGACUCCUCAAAACCGCUGUAUUUAGCCAGAGUCACUGCGCUGUGGGAGGACAGCAGCAACGGGCAGAUGUUUCAUGCCCACUGGUUCUGCGCGGGGACAGACACGGUCCUCGGAGCCACGUCGGACCCCUUGGAGCUCUUCCUGGUAGACGAGUGUGAGGACAUGCAGCUUUCGUACAUUCACCGCAAGGUCAAGGUCGUCUAUAAAGCUCCGUCAGAGAACUGGGCCAUGGAGGGAGGCCUGGAUCCUGAGGCUCUGAUGGGGGAGGACGAUGGAAAGACCUACUUCUACCAGCUGUGGUAUGAUCAGGACUACGCGAGAUUUGAGUCCCCUCCGAAAACCCAGCCAACGGAGGACAACAAGUACAAGUUCUGUGUGAGCUGCGCCCGGCUGGUUGAGAUGAUGCAGAAGGAGAUGCCCAGGGUCAUGGAACAACUGGAGGACCUGGACACCCGGGUGCUCUACGGCUCGGCCGCCAAGGACGGCAUCCACUAUCGAGUGGGCGACGGCGUGUACCUCCUCCCCGAGGCCUUUACGUUCAACAUCAAGCUGUCCAGUCCCGUGAAACGCCCGCGGAAGGAGCCUGUGGACGAGGACCUGUACCCAGAGCACUACCGGAAAUACUCCGACUACAUCAAGGGCAGCAACCUGGACGCCCCCGAGCCGUACCGCAUUGGCCGAAUAAGAGAAAUCUUCUGUCCCAAGAAGAGCAACGGCAGGCCCAGUGAGACCGACAUCAAGAUCCGAAUCAACAAAUUCUACAGGCCAGAGAACACACACAAGUCUACACCAGCAAGUUACCACGCGGACAUCAACCUGCUUUACUGGAGUGACGAGGAGGUGGUGGUGGACUUCAAGGCGGUGCAGGGCCGCUGCACGGUGGAGUACGGGGAGGACCUGCCGGGCAGCGUCCAGGACUACUCCGCGGGGGGCCUGGACCGCUUCUACUUCCUCGAGGCCUAUAAUGCCAAGAACAAAAGCUUUGAAGAUCCUCCCAACCACGCCCGCAGCCCUGGGAACAAGGGGAAGGGAAAGGGUAAAGGGAAGGGCAGGCCAAAGUCUCAGACGUGCGAACCAAGUGAACCGGAGGCCGAGAUUCAGCUGCCCAAGCUGCGGACCCUGGACGUGUUUUCUGGCUGCGGGGGGCUGUCGGAGGGGUUCCACCAAGCAGGCAUCUCGGAAACCCUGUGGGCCAUUGAGAUGUGGGACCCUGCGGCCCAAGCAUUCCGGCUGAACAAUCCCGGGUCCACGGUGUUCACGGAGGACUGCAACGUGCUGCUGAAGCUGGUCAUGGCCGGGGAGACGACCAACUCUCGCGGUCAGAAGCUGCCUCAGAAGGGAGACGUGGAGAUGCUGUGCGGGGGGCCGCCUUGCCAAGGGUUUAGCGGCAUGAACCGCUUCAACUCUCGUACCUACUCCAAGUUCAAGAACUCCUUGGUGGUUUCCUUUCUCAGCUACUGUGACUACUACCGGCCCCGCUACUUCCUCUUGGAGAACGUCCGGAAUUUCGUUUCCUUUAAGCGCUCCAUGGUCCUGAAGCUCACGCUCCGCUGCCUGGUCCGCAUGGGCUACCAGUGCACCUUCGGCGUGUUGCAGGCUGGGCAGUACGGCGUGGCCCAGACGCGGAGGCGGGCCAUCAUCCUGGCCGCGGCCCCCGGAGAGAAGCUUCCCCUGUUCCCAGAGCCACUGCACGUGUUCGCGCCCCGGGCCUGCCAGCUGAGCGUCGUGGUGGACGACAAGAAGUUCGUCAGCAACAUAACCAGGCUGAGCUCGGGCCCGUUCCGAACCAUCACCGUGCGGGACACGAUGUCCGACCUCCCCGAGGUGCGGAACGGAGCUGCGGCGCAGGAGAUCCUGUACAACGGGGAGCCUCAGUCCUGGCUCCAGAGGCAGCUCCGGGGCUCCCAGUACCAGCCCAUCCUCAGGGACCACAUCUGCAAGGACAUGAGUGCGCUGGUGGCCGCCCGCAUGCGGCACAUCCCUCUGGCCCCGGGCUCGGACUGGCGCGACCUGCCGAACAUCGAGGUGCGGCUGUCCGACGGCACCAUGGCCCGGAAGCUGCGCUACACGUACCACGACAAGAAGAACGGCUGCAGCAGCACCGGGGCCCUCCGCGGGGUCUGCUCCUGUGUGGAAGCGGGCAAAGCCUGUGACCCGGCGGCUCGGCAGUUCAACACCCUCAUCCCCUGGUGCCUGCCGCACACCGGGAACCGGCACAACCACUGGGCCGGCCUCUACGGGCGGCUCGAGUGGGACGGCUUCUUCAGCACGACCGUCACCAACCCUGAGCCCAUGGGCAAGCAGGGCCGCGUCCUCCACCCUGAGCAGCACCGCGUGGUGAGCGUGCGGGAGUGCGCCCGCUCCCAGGGCUUCCCAGACACCUACCGGCUGUUCGGCAACAUCCUGGACAAGCACCGGCAGGUGGGGAACGCUGUGCCGCCGCCUCUGGCCAAAGCCAUUGGCCUGGAGAUCAAGUGCUGUAUGUUGGCCAAAGCUCGAGAGAGUGCCUCAGUGAAAAUCAAGGAGGAGGAAACCACCAAGGACUAGUUUUGCCUUCCCGUCACCCUUGUUUCUGGCACCAGGGAUCCCCAACAUGCACUGAUGUUGUAUUUUUAACAUGUCAGAAUCUGUCAGUUCCAAUGUGUUGUACACGGUGUUUGUGGCCUUGGCUGACAUGAAGCUGUUCUGUGAGGUUUGCUUAUCAACUAACGACCUAGUGAUCAAACUGUGCAGUACUGUGUGCAUUCUGGAUUUUAAAAGUUUUUUAUUAUGCGUUAUAUCAAAUCUACCACUGUACGGGUGGGAAUUAAGACUUUAUGUAGUUUUUAUAUGUUGUAAUAUUUCUUCAAAUAAAUCUCUCCUAUAAAUCGC